GGGAAGAAGGCAGCUAAACGAAGGAGCAACCGACGGGAGCGCCUAUUGACGACGCUUGACCAAAUCUCCAUUGAAGGAUCUUCUUCUUUUUCAACGUGUCGUUGAACAAAUUGUGUGAAUUUUGCAACAGGAAGAAGGCGAGAAGAAUCAUGUGGGUAUUCUAUCUGAUUUCCUUACCCUUGACCAUGGGGAUGGUGAUCUUCACGUUAAGAUACUUUGCCGGACCUGACAUACCUCGUUACGUUCUCUUCACCGUUGGUUACACAUGGUUUUGUUCUCUCUCCUUCAUCAUCCUCGUCCCCGCCGACAUUUGGACUGCUAUGAGUGAUCAAAACAGGGGAGGCAUGUCUUUCUUUUGGAGCUGGUCAUAUUGGAGUACAUUUUUACUUACUUGCAGGGCUGUGGUACCUAUCCUUCAGGGUUACGAAGAUGCUGGGGAUUUCACGGUGACGGAAAGAUUAAAGACGAGUUUACAUGUGAAUCUAGUGUUCUACCUGCUUGUUGGCUCUGUUGCACUCUUUGGACUUAUCCUGCUUAUCUUAAUGCACCAUAACUGGAGAGGCGGUAUAAUUGGAUUUGCCAUGGCUUGUUCUAAUACAUUUGGACUCGUGACCGGUGCAUUUCUCCUUGGCUUUGGUUUAAGUGAAAUUCCAAAGGGCAUUUGGAUUAAUGCUGACUACAUCACACGCCAAAAGGUGCUGUCCCAUAAAGUGGCUAGGGCGGCUUUACAACUUGACGAUGCUCAUCAAAACUUGUCAAAUGCUAUAGUUGUUGCCCAAGCAACAUCGAAGCAAAUGUCAAAACGUGAUCCCUUGAGACCCUAUAUGAAUAUCAUCGAUAAAAUGUUGACCAAUAUGCUUAAUGAAGAUCCCUCUUUCAAACCCCAAGGGGGAAGGUUAGGGGAAAAUGAUAUGGAUUAUGACACUGAUGAGAAAUCUAUGGCAACACUAAGACGCCAACUCAAAAUAGCUAAAGGCGAGUACUACCGUUGUAGAAGUGAAUAUAUGAAUUUUGUGAUGGAAGCUCUUGAGCUGGAGGACACUCUAAAGAACUAUGAGCGUCGUAAUGCUACUGGAUGGAAAUAUAUUUCAAGCUUCAGGCCUGAGCGUUCAGGGAAGAUAGGAUCUUGUCUUGAUACGAUUGAGCUCGUAUGGCGGUGUAUCCUGAAGAAGCAACUCAAAAAGCUUUCGGCUAUCAUACUGGGUUGCUUGACUGUUGCAAUUCUUCUAGCAGAAGCCACUAUACUGCCUAGUGGAGUUGACUUCUCUCUUUUUUCUAUUAUAAUUAAUGCAGUUCAAACUAGUGGAGUGCUUGUGCAGGUUGUUGCUUUCAUCCCCCUGAUGUAUAUGUGUGUUUGCACUUACUAUUCAUUGUUCAAAAUUGGAAGGUUGACAUUCUACUCACUUACUCCAAGUCAAACAAGUUCAGUCAGCCUGCUGAUGAUAUGCUCGCAGGUGGCACGAUACGCACCCCCAAUCUCAUAUAAUUUUCUAAAUCUUAUUCGUCUUCCACGAGAUGCCCAGACUGUCUUUGAAUGGAGAAUGGGGAAAAUUGAUGAUGCAGUCCCCUUUUUCGGGCAAAACUUUAACAAGAUCUAUCCACUUAUUAUGGUUGUAUAUACCCUAAUGGUAGCAAGCAAUUUUUUUGACCGAAUUAUGAGUUACUUCGGGAACUGGAAGAUAUUCAGGUUGAGAAAUGAAGCCGAUGACCUUGAUGGGUUUGAUCCAUCAGGAUUGAUGAUUUUGCAGAAAGAACGCUCUUCCAUCGGGAAAGGACAUAAGGUUGGUGAACUUGUUAUUCCCCUAGCAAGAUAUUUUAGUGAUGCGACUAUGGAUAUCGAAUCUGGAAGCAAUAACAUGGUUGGUGCCGAUUCAAAACCAACUCUUUCAAUCGAAGAUGGUAAGAGGGGGUCAGAACGAUGGAAAACAGAUCCCCACGAUAGCAGUAACAAGGAGAAUAUCAACAGAAAAUACAAAGCAUUGAAGAGCUCAGACAUAAAUACGACCACAUCAAAUGCUUCUCUUCACACAGACACUCGGCCUAAUAUGGAAAAUGGACAGCCGUCUAAGAUAUCGUCAACCUGGGUGUCGAUGAAAACGAAUUUCCAAAACUUGAGGACCAACAUGGCGGCCAAGAGAUUCAUGCCGUUGCGUCAGUCGCAAGAUACACAAGCCACACAAGAAUCAUCUUCUGAAUCUCUGGAUGAAAUCUUUGAGCGAUUAAAACUACCUUCACGAGAUGAUCGACGGUACAGGGAUGAGGACGAUUACGGAACGGGCCCCAGUAACCAGAGUGCGAGCAGGUGAAGGGAAGGAAGGAAGUAUAUAAAAUUUUGUUAAUAGAGGGUGAAGAUAGCAGGAAUGCAUACGAAAUGAUAACUAUAUAUGUAUACUUGUAGAGCAUAGAAAGGGAAGUGGUUUAGAGGAGUUGUAAGUUUGUAUGUGCAUAAUCUGGCUACAUACCAUAUUUCCGUUGCAAAAUCUUUAGUUUA